CAUUUUACACUGUUCUAGGAUUUAUACCUGUGAUAUAUGCCUAUACUGACAUUUGAGCAUCAAAGGUCUCAAAAUGAUGAUGCUCAUUAGAUACCAGGGACCAUAUGAAGCCCUGAUUUCCUGAUGAAUUGUUGAUUGCUGUUACAAGGGAGCAACUGAAUAGUAACACUAAAAGAGCAAAUAAACUGGGUGUAAACCUUCCUCAGAACCAGUAACACUGCUCCUAGUAAAAAGUGGGUGGGAGGCUAGUGUGUAGGGUCAUCUUGGUCUUGAGGCAUUUGGUAUCAGAACGUGAUGAUAAUACUCUCGAAGAUCAUGAGAGUGAAGAUAAUACAUAGCAGCAGCUAACAUUUGGGCAUUUACUGUUUCCUCCUCUUUGUGCUAAAUGCUUUACUGUAUUUCAGUUAAUCAUUUAACCCUCCCUGUUAAAAGAGAUUAUCCCAAUUGACCAUCUCUAGGAAAUAGGUGCCUUAAUUUCUUCAUCAUAUCCAUCCCUUUUACCCUGAGUUCUGAAUAUCUGAGCUAAGUGAGAGGGUCAUCAAACUUGGUAGAUUAAUGCAGUAACUAGCUUAGCUCCUGAGAACAUUUUUCAACAAUGAUCAUUAUACAAAUCCUAACAGUAACAAAGACACCUUUUCCUUUUCUUUCUUUCGUCUUUUUUUUUUUUUUUUUUAACUGAGCGGCAAGCACACAGCAAUCUGUUUAACGUGAAACGUUCAACUUGAAGCUCUUGCCUCUCAAGGCUCCGCCCCAGGAUCUAGCCACGCCCCUGGGAGUAAGUAAGGCCUCUACCUGCCUCCCGAGGAAGGAACUUCGCGCGUGCCUCUCGCGGGAUCUUUUUGGCGAGAUUUCUAUAACGCAGGCAAAGCAGUAUCUCGCGGGAAGUUGAACCGGAAAAGUGAGGUUUGUAAGCGAAUGCAGGUGAAUCUCGCGCGUGAGGCUGUGCUUUUGGUUUCCUGGAGGUUUUGGAUGGUGGAUGGUUAGACCUCUUGUUUGGCAUCUCCCAGCGGGAUAAUGUUGACCCGGCUGAACACAAAAUCAGAGAGGAAGCUUGCAAAACAAAUUUGCAAAGUUGUAUUGGAUCAUUUUGAAAAACAGUAUUCCAAAGAACUUGGAGAUGCCUGGAAUACAAUAAGGGAUAUAUUAAUAACACCAUCAUGCUGGCAAUAUGCUGUCCUUCUUAACCGAUUCAAUUAUUCUUUUGAACUGGAAAGAGAUUUACGUUUAAAGGGCUAUCACACACUCUUUCAAGGAUCUUUACCCUACUAUCCCAAAUCAAUGAAGUGUUACCUUAGUAAAACUCCAGACAGAAUGCCUUCAGAAAGACACCAAAUUGGAAAUCUAAAAAAAUACUAUCUCCUGAAUGCCGCCUCUCUUCUCCCAGUAUUGGCUCUGGAGUUAAGAGAUGGGGAGAAGGUUCUGGAUCUGUGUGCAGCUCCUGGAGGCAAAUCAAUAGCUCUGCUGCAGUGCGCUUAUCCAGGUUAUCUUCACUGUAAUGAACAUGAUAGUCUGAGAUUGAGGUGGCUGAGGCAGACGUUAGAAUCAUUCAUCCCGCAGCCUUUGGUAAAUGUAAUUAAAGUGUCUGAAUUGGAUGGCAGAGAAAUGGGAGAUGCCCAGCCUGAAAUGUUUGACAAGGUGUUAGUUGAUGCUCCGUGUUCAAAUGAUCGAAAUUGGUUGUUCUCUUCUGAUUCUCAGAAGGCAGCCUGGAGGAUAAGCCAAAGGAGCAAUUUGCCUGUUCUGCAGAUAGAACUCUUGAGGUCUGCAAUUAAGGCCUUACGCCCUGGAGGGUUACUUGUGUACUCUACAUGCACACUUUCCAAGGCAGAAAAUCAAGAUGUCAUCAGUGAAAUUUUAAACUCCUACAGUAACAUCAUACCCGUGGACAUUAAGGAAAUGGCAAGGACUUGCUCCCAAGACUUCACAUUUGCUCCCACUGGCCAGGAAUGUGGGCUCUUGGUGAUACCAGAUAAGGGCAAAGCCUGGGGCCCAAUGUAUGUGGCCAAAUUGAAAAAAUCAUGGACUACGUGAAAUUGGUGACUUGCAUUUUGUAAACCAUGUCAAUGUGUUAUUUUAUUUGUUUUCCUGAGCUCUUUCUGUUUUAACAUUUAAAUAAUUAUGGAGUCAUUUUCCCUGGGUCUGUUUGGAAUCCUAUUUAGUUAAUACUUGGCAUCUCAGAAUUUAGGCUUGAGAAUUUUCCAGGUGUAUUUUUUUCCUGAAAAUACAUCUAUAGCACUGGUUUAAGGUGUUGCAGAUGGUGUUUGUUCUGUAUAAUACAUCUCCUGUCUUUUAGUUGGCAUUUUGUAGUUAAAUUAGUCAGAAUACAUGGUUUUAUGCAUAAUGUGUUUAGGAAUACAUUCUAUCCAUGAUGUUGGUGCUUUGAACCUUUAAAAAUGCACAUUUCCUGGCCCUUUCAUAAUUUUUCUCCUUAUCAAAUAUACAGAUUCUUUAGAAGUCCCACCCCCUAUCCUUUUUCUGUAAGAACUGAUUAGAAUUCUGAGACUAACUUCUUAAGCAGCACUAUUUCUAGUUCUAGAAAAUAGGUUUCUUAUUUGCCACGUUGUUUUCUGCUAAGGACUAUCUUCUGUUUACUGCAAAGGUCAGUGACUCUAUUGACACCAGCUUUAUUUCUCCACUUUUUUUUGUAUUCACAAAUACAAAUUGAAAGGGUAAAUUAUGUUGAAAGGCUGUUAGAACAGCAGAUUCACAUGCGCAAGUUUGACUUUCGACAUUCAGGUUGUAGAAUAAUGGAGUCUAUCCAGCAGGCUAUAAAGCAAGUACUUGAAACAAAACCAGAAUGAUUAAUAACUACAAUAACUGAACUAUAUUUGGAGAGUUUUGUUACAUAAUUGCAGUCAUAAUGAGCACUACAGAAUCUGAUUAUCUUACCGUUGCAAUCUGGAGGGGCUUUUUAUUUCACUCUGCUAUGAAAUGUUAUAUGAGAGUAUGAUGUCACAUAUUAAUGCACAAGAGGGAGAUGCCUAAUGAGAGUGGAUUAUACUAUUACCAGAGCCCAAUACCAUUUACUGAGUGACUCUUUCUGUUUACAUAUAUCUGGGAAUCUUGUAUACAUUUCUGUAUAUGAACUUAGGGUUUUAGCUUCAGGUUUGGAUCAUGUGUUUUCUCUAGAAAUUACUUCACUUAGAGUCCAAAUGUACUUUUCCAACUAUUAAGAAAAAUUCUGCAGCAUACUUCAAAAGAGAAUAUCUAUUUGGAAAUUAACUUAAAAAAAUAAACUGACUAUAGAAAUAGAAAAUUCUGCUGAAGCUGAAUCUUUUUGAAUUUGUUUACGAUAUUCUAUGCAUUUAAACUACAGACUGCUCAUUAACUGGUUUUUUUUUUGGUAUGUUUCUUUGUUUUUGUUUUUGUUUUUUUUAAUUUGCAAGCAUAUAUAACGAGUUUCCUAUAGCUGGGAAAGAAAAACCAGAUCUCUUGGACUCAAUGAAAUAUACUGGAUUAAUGCAGAAAAUUAAUGAUAAUGGAAAACUUAUUAUUUAUUUAUUUAAGUUUGUGCUUGUUUUGUUUUUUUUUCAGUUUGAAACCCUGUCUUCAGUUAUUAUAGAUUUAAAAGUGCAUUUAUUCUGUGUAGGUUAAUCACAAAGUAAAUUUUCACAGUGCACUUUGUUGAAUGUCAUUAUUUUUCCAUUAUGCUGCCAUGAAGCCUAAUCUGAAUACUCAGUGUGCCAUUGGAUUUGACCUUCCUGUGAUUACUGAAAAAUGCAAAUAGAGGUAGGUGUGUGUGUGUGUGUGUGUGUGUGUGUGUGUGUGUGUAACUUAUGUUAUUAUUAACAUUAAUUAUAAUGAAGCAGCUGGCAUUUGUGGAGCAUCAAAUAUUAUUAAGUUCUCUAUAUACAUGUUAUCUUUUUUGAUCUUCAAAACAACUUGAGGAGUGAGUAUUGUAACUGCCUUAUGUGAAUGAGAAAACCCUAGCUCAGUGCCGUUUGUACUAUUCUGGUAAGUAAAGAAUGGAGCCAAGGUGAAAACUAGAUCCAAAGGCCCAGGCCCUUCUCCCUACACUAUGCUGUCUCACAAGACAUAGGUUAUAGGAACCCCCAAAUUUAUCAGCUGGCCCUCCCUUACUCUCCAUCACUUAGUUUUUCACUUGUAUGCAAUUCUUUAGUCACAGAGCAUCAAAGGUUCAUCAGUACUUGGAAAAAAACUAGAGUCUUUCAGGGUGUGUUCUAAAAUACUUCUGAUUGUCAUACCCAGAAAUCUCCCAUGGAGGUGCUCUGUGCCUUCCUUUUCUUUGCAGAUGCUGAACUGAAGAAUAGAAAUUUGGAGCAGCCCUGCAAUGUCAAUUGAAAAGCAAGGAGUAAUUGAUAUUACUUUCUGUGGCAUUGAGUUACUUUCAAAAUAGCUUUAUAAAAAUUUAGGUUGCUUACCAACACAUUAACUUCUCUCUGCCUUCAGCACACUGAAUAGCCACUAGUUUCAGAAAUAGACUGUGAAUAAAUGUAAUGCAUUUAAAUGGUUUAUACUGAAUUUUUAAAGCAUUGGAUAUUAUCUAUGGUUUGGAAUCAAGGCGGCAUACAGUCCUUUAUCCUAUUAUAUGUAUCCAUAUAGCCUCAUAUUCAAGAUUGCAUGUUACCCCCUUAGCAGUAUUGUAAAAAAUAUCCUUUCCUACAAUGUGAGUAGGUGUAACAUAAUAGGUACCAGAACACUUGCUACAUGACUAAAUAAAGUAAUCACAAAUCUAAUAGGCCCUAUUCAAGAAGGCUUUAUACCUAGAAGAUAAGCAUCAGAUGAUCUGCAUAGGCUAAUGCAACUCUCCUGGAAUACAAAGAGAAAAUUGGAACCAAUAGCAACAGUUUUAUUAGAUGCAAAGAAGUCCUUUGAUGCAAUUGAAUGGGACUACUUAUAUUAUGUGCUAGGUAAAUUUGGCUUUGGGGACAAAUAUAACAGAUAGCACAACCCAUUUAUAUGGUUCAAACCAGUGGUUUACAAUCUCCUUUCCUUGCCUUAUUGCUGCAGUGGGGAGGAAGUAAGAAUGGUACCCAUUACUGAUGUUACUUUUCAGGCUGACAUUGGAGCUAUAAUAUCACCCAGAUCCCAUGGGUAUCUGAAGGAUAUUCAGAUGAAGGUUCACAAGUUAACUAAUGUCUGCUGAUAUCCUACCAGUUGUGCUGAAAGCCCUAACAGCAUCUGUCCUGAAAACAUUACAAGUAAUGUCAGAAUUUGGAUUGGCUUCAGGCUGCAAAGUCAAUGGGAGAGAAUCAGAAACGCUAUCUUAACAGAAUAGUUUCUAUUAAUAUUACUUACUGUGUGACAUUUAAAAUAAGAUGAAAAUUUAACAAGAAUUGAUUUGAGAUUCUCAUUAGGGGCUGAUUAAACAAUAGAAUAAAAACAAAAAACCAAACCAACUUUAAAAAAUUGACCUGUAAUUUAAUGCUAAGAUUUUUUAAAAAUAGGUUUCUCUAAGUCUAAGGAGGAAGAAAGCCUGGUAGACCAGAGAGCUCUUUAAAAUUUAAUUAGCUCAAUCAAAUGUUAACUCCAUACAUUCCUGUAACUUCACAAAUGAAAAAAAGUAAUUUCCUUAGUUAUGUGAGAUCAUAUAGUCAUGUUGAAACUCGGUGAAGUCAUAUGCUACCUUAGAAAAAGGGCUUUUUGCCUCCCUGGAAGCUAUUUCAUAGCAUACGUCAUGACUCAAUUAAGCUUGCUAUGGCUUGUCAAAAGGAAUUUUCUGCUGCAUAUUGCUAUGGAAGAGCCUAUUACACACAAAUAACUGUACAACCUAGGAGAAUCAACAGAGACUAAAAAUGUAUAGCCUAGUGAAAAAUAAGCAGGACCCAGCUUCUUUCUAGUUCUUAAAAACAAGUAGGAGUAAAAUUGCAGGUGUUAACAUGAAUGGAUGAAGUAAGAGAGAUUAAUGUUGUUGAUAGAAAAGGGGGACUGAACUUAUUUCAACUUACAAUUAUUAAGUUAGAGAAAGACUAAUAGUUACUAAUCCAAACAAGGUGUAAUAGCCUUUCCAAAACAGUAAGUAUUUUUCUCCCACUGUUACAUUAAUCAUGGGGGUGAGGGAUAGAGAAAUGAGAAGACUAAGGAACCAGUGCUGACUCAUGAACUGGUGUGAGUAGGCAUGGAUUACUGUGGACUUAUAGCUCAUAACUGCCAACUUUUUUUCUUUUUUUUAAGUUUACUUAUUUUAAGAGAGAGCGAGAACACACAUGCAAGCAGGGGAGAGGCAGAGUGAGAGGCGAGAGAGCCAAGCAGCCUCCCCACAGUGCAGAACCCAAUGUGGAGCUUGAUCCCACAAACUGUGAGAUCACGAUCUGAGCCUAAAUCAAGAGUCAGAUGCCCAACUGACUGAGACACCCAGGCGCCCCCAUAACUGCCAAUUUGUAAGAAAAAAAGAGAACAUGGUGGUGGCAUUUACCUCUGAUGCUACUGGAAAUCGUUCGGUAUGAUAUAGCCAUGAAUAGCCAACU